AUGGCCUGGCGAUUUUGGGAGAAUUUGAGCUGGCCAGUCACAGCAUAUCCGGGUCUGUAUUCGGCGACCUUCAUUACAGUUCUUGCUUUGGCUCUUGCCCUCUACUAUGUGGUCUCUGGGAGGUCUAAAAACUUCGAGGAACAAAUGCAGCAGCUUGGAGAGAUCACUGAGGAGGAGUUGAAGCAGUACAAAGCAGCCUGCAACAUGAUCUCAUCAGUCUGGCUUUCAAGAGAUUUGAUGAUUAAUGUUGUUGAAUCAACUGUUAAUCUGAGUCAAGUACCUGAAACUUUACCCGUUUAA